AUGGCUAAUCUUCAGGUGCAAGUCAACUUUCUCGAGAACGGCAGAGGAGGAUUCUAUCUUCUUCAUGGUGGAUACAAGUAUUCCGUGAGGACAACACGCAACGACCGAACAUAUUGGAGAUGCGUGAGAAGGGCCGCCGUCUUGCCUCUUGUUCCAGCUCCCCGUGUUGAGGACGUGUGGUUCCAAGCCUUAGAGGACCAUGAUGACAACACCGACGCUGUGAUGCGAUUCAAGGACUACGUGACCGAGACCUGGGUUGAAGGGCAUCUUGACAUCUCAAACCAUUUUGAUCACGACGGACAUAGAACCACCAACACAGUUGAGGGAUGGCACCACAAGUUCAACAGAAUGUGCAGACGUGCCCAUCCCAACAUCUUUGUAUUCAUCGAGAUGCUCCAAAAAGAACAGGCGGCAAAUGAGGCAAAGAUCAUCCAGAUUACAGCAGGAGGAGUCGUGCGUCCCAAAAAAAGGAAAUACCGCCAGCUGGAUUCACGUCUCCAGCGUCUCAAGGAGAGACUGCGUCAAGGACAAAUGGACAUAGUGGCCUAUGCUGACGCAGCCUCACAUCUCAUUCAUUUUGAGUGACAAUAUGCAAGUGAUUGUGGUGAAAUAAUGU